GAUUUUCGUAAACAUUCUAAUGAUAAUAAUUCAAUUAAUUUGAUUAACAAAGAGCAUAUGCCAGUGAGAGCUAGAUUGAAAACCUGUAUUUUAGUGGGCCCGUCAGCUCCAGAAAGGUUGACAACCAUACUUGAAAUUUUUCGCCAACAGAAAAAAGCCCCUUUGAACGCAAAUGUCUAUGAUCAGAGCAAAAGGGAAGUCCGAGCUGUGAUCUGUCCGUGUCCAACCAGUUUUGAGUGUCAAAAAGGCAAACAAAAAUCGGAUAAAUACACGCGAUCAGCAGACAAAAAUCAAACAGUUCAUUUUAGACUUUCAACUAAGAUUGUUAGCUAGAGGAAUAAAACCGAAAAUUCAAAAUGAAAUUCCUGAUUAUUGUGCUUGUGGCCUUUUUCGCCGUGGCAACGGGUCAGUUUUUUGGAGAACUGAUUCGGGAUUUUGAGCGAUUUGAACAAGGUCAGCAACAACAACAGCAGCAGCAGAGUAACUUCGGCGGUGGGCAGCAGCAGCAGCAGCAGGAGCAGGGUGUAAUCUUUAGAGGUCCCUUCGGUGGCAGUGUUGAGUUUUUCCAGGAGCAACAGCAACAGCAGCAAGGUGGCGGCGGAGGUCAACAGCAGCAACAACAGCAGCAGCAAAACUUCGAUUUCUUUGGUUAAGCAUUAUUUCAUUCUGCCAAGCAGACUAUAGUCAACGCAUCACUUUACAUAAGAGAAGAAAGCCAUGAUCUAAAAGAUACACAUUAGACAACUUAACAUUGUUUCAUUACUAUUUCCAUUUCCAUUUCCAUUACCAUUACCAUUUCAUGUAAACUAAAGACAAAUAUUGCUUACUAACUUAUCAAAUUAACUUGUUUAAUCAAGUCUUAUUAAGAAUAUUUUCCAUAUAAAAUGAAAAAAAUGAAAGAAAAAUCACUACCUUAAAUUUCUUAAGCUCAAAUGCUUUUCUAAAUAAAACUAAAUCAAAUCAAA